CUGCGCGUUGCUCCCCCUCGCGGUGCAUCCUCUGCCGGCGACCGGCUCUCCAGCUGGAGGCGCGUUCAAGCCCAGGACCAUGAACCGCAGCCGCCAAGUGACUUGCGUGGCUUGGGUCAGCCGCGGCGUGGCCAAAGAGACGCCAGACAAGGUAGAGCUGAGCAAAGAGGAAGUAAAGCGUCUCAUCGCUGAAGCAAAAGGAAAAUUACAAGAAGACGGUGGCAGUGAGGAGGAGGGGGAGGAGGAGGCAGGCAGUCCUUCAGAAGAUGGCAUGCGGGGUGCCCAUGCCCAGGCUCGGCCUCGGGAGCCCCUGGAGGAUGGUGACCCGCAGGAUGACCGUACCCUAGAUGACGACGAGCUAGCUGAGUACGACUUGGAUAAUUAUGACGAAGAGGACAACCCAGACGCUGAGACUGUUGGUGAAUCUCUGUUGGGUCUCACAGUCUAUGGCAGUAAUGAUCAAGAUCCAUAUGUCACCCUGAAAGACACGGAACAAUACGAACAUGAAGAUUUCUUGAUCAAGCCUACUGACAACCUCAUCGUCUGUGGCCGUGCUGAACAAGAACAAUGCAAUUUAGAGGUGCAUGUCUACAAUCAAGAGGAGGAGUCUUUCUAUGUACACCAUGACAUACUGUUGUCUGCAUAUCCUCUGAGUGUGGAAUGGCUGAAUUUUGAUCCUAGCCCAGAUGCGUCUGCUGGAAAUUACAUUGCUGUGGGAAACAUGACCCCUGUCAUCGAAGUGUGGGACCUGGAUAUAGUGGACUCUCUAGAGCCAGUCUUCACACUGGGAAGUAAGCUUUCAAAGAAGAAGAAGAAGAAAGGGAAGAAGAGUUCCUCAGAAGGGCAUACUGAUGCUGUCCUUGACCUUUCCUGGAAUAAGACAAUCAGAAAUGUGCUGGCAAGUGCAUCAGCAGAUAGCACUGUACUUCUGUGGGAUAUGUCUGUGGGGAAGCAAGCAGCCAGGCUUACUGCACACACAGACAAGGUCCAGACUCUGCAGUUUCAUCCAUUUGAAGCACAGACUCUGAUUUCUGGAUCAUAUGAUAAGUCAGUGGCUUUGUAUGACUGCCGAAAUCCAAACCAGAACCACCGCCUGUGGAGAUUCAGUGGGCAGAUUGAGAGAGUGACUUGGAACCACUUCUCACCUUGUCAUUUUUUGGCUAGUACAGAUGAUGGCUUUGUAUAUAAUCUGGAUGCACGUUCAGAUAAGCCAGUUUUUACACUUAAUGCCCACAAUGAUGAAAUCUCUGGUCUUGAUCUGAGCAGUCAGAUCAAAGGCUGCCUUGUGACUGCUUCAGCAGACAAGUAUGUGAAGAUCUGGGACAUCCUAGGAGACAGGCCAAGCCUCAUUCAUUCUAGAGACAUGAAAAUGGGCGUUCUCUUUUGUUCUUCUUGUUGUCCUGAUUUGCCAUUUGUUUAUGCCUUUGGAGGACAGAAAGAAGGACUUCGGGUUUGGGACAUAAGCACUGUCUCUUCAGUAAACGAAGCAUUUGGAAGACGGGAGAGACUGGUUAUUGGCAGCACAAAAGGUUUGUCUGUUAGUGGCCCUUGUGGGAGCAGGAGCCCACAGACACCAAUGGAGACCUGAUGAAGAGCAGUUUCCCAAUUUUCUCACCGUAACUCGGGGUUUCAAAAAGCUGGCCUAGUGUACCUAUCGACAUAAUGACGGAAACAGAUUGAGCUCACUUCCUGUUGUCAUUCCCUUCUGCAGCUUUGAUGGCGGUUCACAGCCUGUGUGUCUGCCUUCAGCUGGCCAUUGUACAGAGUUCUUGCAUUUCUUGAAAAUAAAAGGUUUUUAAAAAAUAA